AUGUGUUUCCCUUCGCUUGGCGCUUUGUGCUCGCUGCCACAGGAGAACGGAGAUGCCCUCAUGACGGCGAAUGGCGUACACGAGCCGGAACGCGGGGCGGGUUACGGGGUUGAUAGUGUCUCGGCCGGAAGCAGCAGCAACACGGAAGCGGAAGCUGGAGCAAGAACAGAGGCGGGCGCAGCAACAGGAGCUGGAGCAGCAGCAGCAGCAGCAGCAGCAGCAGCAGCAACGUCAACAGCAGCGGCGCCAAGCGUUGCGAACUACGUCAAUCACGGCCACAGAGGUGGUAGCGGUGGCAGGAACGGCGUUGUGGCCGGUGACCGGUCUGCCGAGGGAAGCGGUAGUAGGCUAGUAGCAGCAGCCGCUCUGGAGAUGCUUGUCUCACCAACUCCACCGGGGUUGGAGAGAAAACCAUCCAAGGGGGCAGGGUCGGGGGGUUGGUACGGCGGAGGCCAGACUCCCCGAACACGAGGAAGGCUUUUGCGCUCGUCCAGCCGCGCGGAGCCGAGCCCCCGCAGCGGUGGUGGUGGUGGUGGUGGUGGUUUCAGACCGGGGCCAAGAAGCCCCGUUCCGCCACGCAGCGCGGGGAGGGCGAGGGCACGCAGCGUCGACCAUGCUGGCGGUGGUAGGAGCCGACGAGAGGAGCGGCCGCCGCGACAGUCGCUCGACGGCACGUCGGUGUACUUCAUGAAGACCCCGACGUCGGCGCGCGUGACGGUCGGGUCGUACUUCGUGGGCGAAAGCGGCGGCGAGGAGAAGGGCGGCAGCGACGCUUUCGUUGCUGGCAGCGCGCCCGAAGAGCGAGCACCGUCGGCGUCGUCCUUCAUGUCUUCUUCCUCCUCGUCCUCCUCCCCUUCGUCGUUGUCGAGGACGGGAAUGCACGGCGGGGACAACAAGACCUCGCCCAAUCCCCUGGUGCAAGAAGAAGGGGGCGCCGGCGGUGGCCCAAGCCCGGGGGGAGGGGUGGAGUUUGGGGGCGACGGCAGCGGUGGUAGCUUGGCAGCAGGGGGCGACGGGGGGCGGUCGCCAGGGCGCAAGGGGAGCGGCGGAGCGGGGGCUAGGGGGGGGAGCGACGUCGCCAUUGUCGCUGGGGAAGGGUCGAGGGGGAGAGAAGGGAACGAGGUUCUUGGGGUUGGGCCGAACGGGGAAACGGUGAUUGAGAUGAAGACCACGCCGGCUUCGCAGCAGGGGGGGGCUCCGCGGGAGCAGGAGCAGCAGGAGCAGCAGGGGGGGGUAUUGGACCCUGUUGGCCCGGGGCGACCGCUGGGCGAGGUGCGGUUUGGGAGGUCGAGGACGGAUUUGCAGCACAUGCCGCCGCCGAGCUUGCUGCGCCAAACCAGCAAAUACCUUCACGAGGACCUCGCCCUUGCGAGACGGCGACAAAACCAGCGUGCGCGAGCCAGGCGGCGGAAACGGAUAUCCUUUGCGGACGAACACGGCGAUGCCCUCUUCGAUACGGAUUAUCACCAAGGGCUAUAUUAUUCCAAGGAGGGUGUUCCCCCGCCUCGAAAAUCGGGGGGUUGUUGCACGAUCUCUUGAUCCUUUUGUCGCCGUAGGUGUUGGUGUCCAUAGCUGUUUCCCGUGUGGAAAGUUUUGUUGCGGCCGUGUAUUCGAUAUUUUCCCCACUUGUUUAGAUAUCUUUUUUUGUUUUUUGUUCUGGGGUUCCAUGUUCUUCCCUUUUUUCGGUCGAGGGGUGUCGCAGGAGAAGGACCUGACGAGGAACGGGAAUGUCGAGUGUGCUCCACAUCCCCCACCCCACCCCCCAAUCCCGCCGCCUCAAUAGCUGCAGCGCUCACGAUAGAGAAGCGGUGUUUGUGUUGCAGGUGUAGACACAACGCUGGCUGGCUCUUUGUUUCUACCCCUGCCCCCCCCAACGGUGUAGUAACUUGCGAACACGUUUUGGAGCAGGCUAGAGCCGGAAAUUUACGUGUUGCGAUUCUACGAGGUAGCUCGUGGAACGUCUCUCACCGACGGGCGGCUGACGGUAGUGUUUGUGGUUGUCCGUGUGGUUGUUUUGUUGUCCAACCAGAUGGGUGUGAAUGUGCUGCAAGGUCAUGUCUGCGUACGCACUUGACAUUUUGCUUGCCCCCCCCCCCCCCCCC